AUGUCGAAUCCUGCACUACAAGUUUAUGGGGGUGACGAGGUCUCUGCUGUUGUAAUUGACCCCGGGUCUUACAGCACCAAUGUUGGGUAUUCUGGCACCGACAAUCCACAGCUUAACAUUCCUUCAAGCUAUGGACGCUACACAGCAGGCGAUAAAGAGGGCCACAAGUCAUUUAACGACCAGUUCAUGGGAUUGCCACGCCGUGACUUUGAGAUCAAGCCGAUUUUGGAAAACGGAUGUGUGGUGGACUGGGAUUCAGCUCAGGAACAAUGGGCGUGGGCAGUGGAAAACCAACUGAAAUUCAAUAGUCUCAAGGGAACACCAGCGUUUCUCACCGAGGCAAUUUGGAACUCAGAGGCCAAUCGAAAAAAAUCUUUGGAGGUUCUUCUGGAAGGCAUGGAUUUCGAAGCUUGCUACAUCGCACCUACAGCCACAUGUGUGUCUUUUGCCAUGGGGAGACCAACCUGUUUGGUCGUCGACAUCGGCCACGACGUUUCGAGCGUGUGUCCCGUCGUUGACGGUAUGACGCUUUCGAAGAGCUCCACGCGAAAUUUCUUGGCAGGCAAGUUUCUUAACACUUUGAUAGAAAACCAUCUGAAACCUCGAGAUCUGAUUCCUCUAUUCAGAGUUAGCCAGAGAAGGCCCGAUUUUAAACCUAAGACUUUCGAUUACCAAAUCGACCCAUCCGUCGAUAAUUUCGCCAAUAGUAGAGGGUUUCUCCAAGAAUGCAAGGAAACUCUGCUUCAAGUGGCUCCUAUUGACUCGCCCAAGUUCGAAACCGAGCUAGAUUCCAUGUCUAAAAGAUCCAUCGAGGCUCCUUGGGGUGAGAACAUUAUUUUUGACAGUAGGACAAGGUUUUCGUUCGCAGAACAACUAUUCAAGCCCUCUGAAGAACUCAUGCCAGAGAACUGGCCAAAAUCGAACGGCAUAGUUGAGACGUGGCAUAAUGAUUAUGUUCCGAUGAAAAGGGCGAAACCAAAUGUUGGCAAGGAUAGAGAAGGCACGACAGACGCCACGCCUUUACCAGAGGAAGCAAAAGCCGACGAUGCUUCACCAGAGACCAACUCUAAUGGCAAAAGGCCUUUAGAUGGAACUUCCGAUAGCGUUAGCCUGCUCGCGGGUUUAAGUGAUUUGGUAGCCACUGCAAUUACAGCUACUGACGUCGAUUUGAGGGCAACAUUAGCACACAAUCUCAUUGUGACAGGUGGCUCUUCCUCGAUACCGGGUUUGACCGACCGCUUGAUGGCAGAACUCAACAAAAAGCUACCAGCACUAAAAUUUCGCAUACUUACUUCAGGUCAUCCUAAAGAAAGGCAAUCCAGAGCAUGGUUAGGUGGCAGUAUUUUGUCAAGUCUGGGAACUUUUCAUCAGCUGUGGGUCGGAAGGCAAGAAUUUGAGGAGGUAGGCGCCGAAAGGCUAUUAAAGGACAGAUUCAGAUAA